AUGGGAGUGCAGAAUCUGUGGACGCUCUUAGCACCUGUGGGACGGCAGAUCGAGAUCGAGUCUCUAGCGGGUCAAGUCCUUGCCGUGGAUGCGAGCAUUUGGCUCACGCAGUUUGUCAAGGCCAUGCGCGACGACGAGGGCAACAUGAUCCGCAAUGCUCAUCUAAUGGGGACUUUGUAUCGCGUGGCAAAGCUGCUCUUUUAUGGCGUGCGUCCGGUCUUUGUGUUCGAUGGGCAGACGCCAGAGAUCAAGAAGAGAACGACUGCUCGACGGAGGAAGCGGCAGGAACAGCAGACGGCCAAUUUGCGCCACACGGCGCAACGCAUUUUACUGAUAAAACUCAAGCAGCAGCGACAAGAGGAACAGAAGUCAAAGAGUAAUGCGUCGACACCUGCUGUUGCAUCAGGCUUUACGCUGCCAGAAGUUGGAAGUAGCGAGAGUAAGAAAAAGAAGGACGAGGAGGAGGAGGAGACCAAAAGCGAAGAUGAAGAAAAGAUCAAGAGGGAAGACGGAGGUCCAAAUGAAGAAGAUGAAGCGGCAAUGAAACAGGAAGAGGCGUUAGACGAGAAGGGAGUGCAGAUGGUUUGGGAAGCAGCAGCGGAGCUAGAGGAGGAAAGUAGCGACUUGACACUGGACGAUGUUGAGCUGGAUACGUCGCGACUGUCAAAGAUCGAUCUUCACGCGGUGUUUUCCUUGCCGCCCCAUCUGCAGAAAGACAUGAUCCAAAAAAUCUUGCGUGACCGGCGUCAAGAGGUGAGGGAUCAGUUUAUUCCACUCGCUGGAAAGCCAGAGAAAUAUUCACAUGCGCAGAUUUCAGCGUUUCUCCAGACCAGUUCUCUUAAUCGACGAAUUGAUGUGGCGAAAAGGAAAAAAAGGCAGGAGGAGAUGGAAAACCAAGGCGGCGUUGGCCAAGGGCAUCGCAUUGACUCGAAUAGCAACCGCUUUUACAUUUACCAGAAAAGUGCAGAGCGCAAAGAGGAUACUAACGAAAGCGAGGACGAAGAGAAGGAGGUCGAACCAAGCGAUAUGACAGAGCGGCCUUCACCUAAUGAGCCAAUGCAACCUCACGAAGCUCAGAUUGACGCUUUUAAGGUAGAUCAAGAGGGUCCAUCGUCUACUGUCGUUUCUGAAAGAGUCGAACGUGCCUCAGGUGCUAAUGCAAAGGAAAUUGCAACGGCAUUGGUUGCACGGUAUCAAGUACGGGUCAAGCAGGAGCCUAUACUUGCGAUUGAAAAACUUCGACUGAGUCGGCUUAAGAACGAAGGAUUAUCUGCCACUGCCAACCCUUCUGCUGUCGGCAUCGUUGCUGAAUCUCUGCCAUCCUCGGGUGAUGUGAGCAUUGUACUAAAGUUUGAUGACGUUGAUCCCGAAAAGAUAGCGCGGUUUCAAAAACAAUUUCCAGCAUGCAAGACCGAGCGUGUUUCUGCUGACGUCGGAACUGCUAAAAUUGACUCGGAUGAUGAUGACGACGAUGUUGAUUGGGAAGAGGCUGCUUCGUCAACCCUGGAGCAGUCUAAAACCGAUGAAUUGGAUCCUGAAAGUGCUGGGCAACAUAUGCUAAACUUUCAUUCCAAGGUACAGCCAUCAUCGACCGUCGAAGCUGCUAGUGUGCAGAAGAGUGAGAGUGAAGAAUGUCUUAGUGAUGAUGCGAUAGAGUGGGAUGAAGUGGACGACAAGGCAAUGCUUGUUAAUGCUUCCGACGAUAAUGUAAAAGCUGUACAUCGUGAUGAGCAAUGUCCCGGACUAAACGAGCAACACUCGUCAGACUCUCAUGCUUGGAAUGAACAAAAUGGUGACCAAAACGUUGAUGGUGUUCAGAAUACUGAUGAUGAAUUUCUGACAUUAGAGGAUGAAAUCGAGGAGGCAAAGGGGCACGAAGAUCUCAACUUGCUAAAGGAUGAGGCGUUGCAGUCUGCAAUGACGACCGCCUCUAAUCUCACGCAAUGGGCUGCUGGUGCCGUACGCCGAGCACUGCAGGCACAUUCCUUGCAGUAUGGUAAAACUGACGAAGCCAAUAAGCAUUCGGCAGCAGCACGGAAUAAGGAUCCUCGCCAGACUGUAAACAAAAACGAUAAAUGGAAGUUUACGGUAGAUCAUUCCCAGAAUACUGCUGAAGUGGUCAUAAGUGACGAAGAAGACGACACUUCGCCGAGGAUCACUAAUGCUAACAAAGAUGUAGAAGACGGGCAAAAGCAGCUACAGGCUGCCUUGGCCGCUUCGAUUGCGAGUGAGCGCACGGAGGUAGCCGCUGAUACAGAUCGUGCUCCCGUUCGCUAUCUCCAGUACACGCAACCAAGUAAUUCCCUCCAGCCCAGCGAUUCGAUGGACAUCGCAAGCUCUGAAAUGGAUAUCGCGGCAUUGCUGAAGGAGCAGCAUGAGCUGAGAAAACUGCGUAGUCGGCAAUCUCGUGAUACAGAAGGUAUUUCGGACGAUAUGGUGAGUGAAGUGAUGGCGCUUUUGCGUCUAUUUGGGGUGCCGUUUCUCGUCAGCCCUAUGGAGGCGGAGGCGCAAUGCGCGGCGCUUGAACAACUUGGACUUGUGGACGGCGUGAUCACAGAUGAUAGUGAUAUCUUCCCAUUCGGUGGUAUGCGAGUCUACAAGAAUAUAUUUCACCAUCAGAAGUUUGUUGAAGCCUUUUAUGCACGUGAUAUCGAGCGAGAACUGGGGUUUUCGCGAGAGCAGAUCAUUGCGUUUGCGCUACUUCUAGGCAGUGAUUACACGGAUGGUGUACGGGGCAUUGGUAUUGUUAACGCAACUGAGAUUGCUGCUGCUUACCCUGGCAUAGAGGGUCUCCGUGAGUUUAAGGAAUGGGUCACGAAUUUUGAUGUUACUGAAGAAGCUCACCGUGCUGCGUUCGGCGGGUACAAAAAGAAGAAAGUAAACACGAAGACUGAUAAAGAGUCGAGUGAAGGGGGCGGCGAAAGCGACGGCGACAGAGCUCGCGAACGCUUCCAACGGUCUCAUGCAGAUGCACGUCGGAAGUGGGAAUUGGGUGAUGAGUUUCCAAACAAGCAAGUAGUCCAGGCGUACAUGGCCCCUCAAGUGGACCGUUCUGAUGCCCGAUUUUCGUGGAGUGCUCCGGACUUGGCUGCUUUGCGCAACUAUUGUGCCAAUGCUUUUGGGUGGGAUGAGCAAAAAAGUGAUGGCGUUCUACAGCCACUUGAAGAAAAGGCGAAAGCUGCGUCGAUCUCCGGUAACAGACAUAUCCAGACACGAUUGGAUCGAUUCUUUACAAGCUACGACGAUCGAGUACACUAUGCACAGAUUAAGAGCAAACGCUUGCGCUCUGCUGUAAGUCAAAGUACCAACAGCAAGAAGAAGAAGAGAAAGUGA